GAGCUAGUGACUCUUCUAUUAGUAUGCAUGUGUGUGUGUCAACAAUUUUGUAAUUUUUUAUUUAUUAUUAAAUACACUUUAUAAGUACUUGUCGUUGCUAAGUCAGUUGAUGAACUCUAAAUGGCUUUUUCUCCCUAGGGAUGAUAUGUUCAGACAGAGUCUUGCCAAGCUGAGAGAAGACGUUGUCAAGGCAAACGCCCUGAUCAGAGAGGCCAACUUCCUGGGGGAGGAAAUGGGCAAACAGACAGAGUUCAGAGUCACACUACAGAUACCUGUCUGUAACCUUACUCCAAAUAGAAAGAGAGGAGCCAUAGUGAGUGAGCUGGCCAUUCAGGUGAAGCGUAAGGACAGAGGGACACAGAUCUGGUCUGUGGAGAAGCUCGAGAAUAAGAUCAUUGAUAUGCGUGACAUGUACAACGAUAGGAAAGACGAAGGCAUUCCUCUAAAGGAUGAAGAAUCUGAAUCACUUCGCAAGCUCUCCUUCUUUGAGUCACAGGUACACUUUCCAUCUCUUACUCUUUUCCCCCCUCUUACUCUUUUUCCCCAUCAUAGUUUGUUUCCUAGUCAUAUACUUGUUUUGACAUGUAAUGGUAUAAGAUAGAGGUUUGAUAAAUUGAUAUAUCUGUUUUGUUGCUACAUGUAUGUUUAUCAAAUCCUUAAGAUUGAUAAUCUGCACAGAAAUGUUUUCUGACAGUAAAAUGUGUUUAGUUUAGAACUUCAUAAAAUUGUCUUUUCAUGUUCUCUCUUUUUUCUUAUUUUAAGUCAAGAUACUCAGAGAACUCUUCAUUUUUUAGUGAUAAGUCUUUUUCCUACGUCUUUCAUGCAAAUUGGUGCAGCUAAAUAUCUACAUAUGGAUUCUACAUAUGAAUAUAUUUAGCAUCCUCUAUAAAAUGAUAACCUACAUCACUAAAAGGGUGAAUUUAUGCAUCUAUGUACAGGUAUUUUAGUAUUUAUAAAUGUAGCUGUCAUUAUUCAAAAUAUACCUGUACCUGUAUGUUGAAAAAAGAGGGAUUAUAUGUUAGCAUGGUAAAUAUCAUGUAUAUCUCGCUCUGAGAAACGGUUUAAAGAUUUUAUUGAGAGACUAGAGAGUAAUAAAUAAAAUGGCUUCAUGACAUUGUUUUACUUGCCACUGCUGGCCCAUCGUUGACUAGGACUCACUUGCGUCUCCAAUGUCUCUUCUACCAUUGACAUUACCACUGUUCAAGGUUUGAAAUCCAGUCUUACAUCCAUGUCUUUUCUGCAUGUUAUGUUGCCUGUGUACACUGUAUCAUGCAUUUGUAGAGAGUUGAGAGUAAAGAUAUUAUUGAUUUUGGGAAAUGUCUGAAGGUUAGAAACACAGUAGAUUACACAGAAGAGCAGUACAGAUUGUUGCUUAUCAGAUAUGAAGAGAAAAUCUAGAAAGAAGAGAAAGUUUGUAAGUGGAGGAAAAUAAAAGGGAGAAAAAUUUGAAAUGGGGCCAGGGAAAGAAGAAAAAGAAUUGUAAAAAAGGGGGAACAAAUUGAAGGAGACUAUUAAGUAGAAUAGGAAAAGUGUUCCAAUUCAAGAGCAUACACUGUACAUGUAUAUAGAGAAAAGUACGAAGAAUCAUAUUUACUAUUCCAUGAUCUUAAGCUUAUAUUCCAAGGCUUACUUUUACUUUUGAUGAGGUGUUAUAGUAUCAGUUGCAUGAUUGUGUUAAUGUGAAACUGCUUCAUUUCUUUGAAUUAAAAAAAAUAACACUUACUGCUAUUCAACAAGAUACAUGUACCUAUAUAGCCUUGUGAUCCGACAUUUGCUCCUGCAACAUUUGCUCAGGGCAGUAAAGCGGGACGUUUAGAGAGGAUAAUGUACAAGUGUAUUUACUCCUGACUCAGUUUAUUUCAAAUUGACUGAAAGAAUAUGAAGAGGUUCUCAUAUUGAAGCUGUAAAAUAUAAUAAUAAUAACAGUAAAUGCUUAUGAAGCACACUUGUCUAAUAUCUUACUCAAGACGCUAUACUAAACAAAAUACACUUAUCUUUCUCAAGAAUUUAACAACAUAAUAGCAUUAGUAACUCUGAGUAUAAAAUAAAAGCUUUUUAGCAUGUUUCUGAAGGUUUCUAAGCAUGGAAUAUUUUUUGAAGGUCACUUGGCAACUUGUUCCAGAGGAUGGCUUAUUCAAUGGCUUAUAGUCUUUUAAAGAUGUACUAAGUUUAAUAAACCUGGUUUAACAUAGUCCACUGAUUAUGUAGUGCUAUGUGUUAUGCUCUUUAUUUCAUACACAUUUUUUGUUUCUGUAUUAAACACAAUGAGGAAAACAAAUGAAUCCAGUCAUGAAAUGAAAAUGAUAAAUCAAUUUCUCAAUUGUUUCUUCUUGUAGUUACAGAAUUAAGAUUAGUUUAUGGGAUGCAGA